AUGUCUGGUAAAGGUGGUAAAGCUGGUUCUGCUGCUAAAGCUACUCAAUCAAGAUCUGCUAAGGCAGGUUUGACCUUCCCAGUGGGUAGAGUCCACAGACUGUUAAGAAAAGGUAACUACGCACAGAGAAUUGGUUCUGGUGCUCCAGUGUACCUGACAGCAGUCUUGGAAUAUUUAGCCGCUGAAAUUUUAGAAUUGGCUGGUAACGCCGCUAGAGAUAACAAGAAAACAAGAAUCAUCCCAAGACAUUUGCAGUUGGCCAUCAGGAAUGAUGACGAGUUGAACAAAUUGUUGGGUAACGUCACGAUUGCUCAGGGUGGUGUUUUGCCAAACAUUCACCAAAACUUGUUACCAAAGAAGUCAGCAAAGACUACAAAGGCUUCUCAAGAGUUGUAA